UGUGAACAAGCCUCACUUAAACAGAGUGGAUCACCGGCAAUCUGCUGGGACUGACAGUAUUAAUGCUCAUAAUAUACAAAACCAAAGUGAAAGGAAGAGGAAGAAGAUUAGAAGUUGUGAUGGUUCACAUCUCAGGAAACGGUCGGUGUAGAAACCUCUGAUCAACCAACCAUUGAAAAGAGGAACUGACAAAACCAACUGGAGUUCAACCGAGGAUUUUUCGCAUCCAAGAUCAACAAAAUGAGGAGCUUUCUUCUUCUUCUUCUCUCACUGAUGAAAGGUUGUGAGGCCUGGUCUACAGUGAAAGGAUGUCCAACAGGAUGGGUUGAAUUCACCUGCAAAUAUACAGAGACGAACAGAAACUUUCAAUUUAUUGAUGUAGUUACUCCCAAAGAAACCAUAACCAUAAAAAGCACUGAGAGGAAUGUGUGGGAAAACAAAGGCAGAGUUUCCCUGUACCAUGAUGCAAAAAAUAAAAAUCUCAUUGUGGCCAUUAAACAACUUGAACAUAAGGACUUUGGAGGGUACAAGUGUCAAUUUAAAUCCCAUGAUACCAAGAAACUGAUACUUGACAAAGACUGCCAGGGACAAUUUAUUCAAACUGCGUACAGAACAGCUAAAACCACCAUCACAUGUGAUUACACAGGAAACAAAUACAAGUUCUUCUGCAAACAGAACGGUUCAAUCUGUGAGGAUAUUUUAUCAACAAAAUCCUCUCUGAAGUCAAAGGGGACAUUCACUCUCACAGAAACCAACAGUGGCUUCAGUAUGUCCAUCAGUAACGUGUCCUCACAUGAUGCUGGUGUCUACUGGUGUGGAAAGGAAACACAUGAAGGAAGUUACAGAGCUGCUCUCAGAAAGAUACAGCUGGAGGUUGAAGAAAUUAAAAGCUUCACAAGGUAUCCAACUAUUGGACAGGAUCUGACAUACUGGUGUCAAUAUUCAAAUGGUGUUUAUGUAAAUAAAUUUAUCUGUAAGGGAGAAGAUCCAUCUAUAUGUCAACCUCUAGUAAGCAUCGCACAGCGCAACAAAAAGACUGGGAAGUUUUCCAUGGAGGAUGAAAAAAGUAGGGAAAAUGUCACCAUAACAGUGAGAGAAGUAACAACAGACGACACUGGGACGUACUGGUGUGGAGCAGAAAGCACUGACAAAACACACAGCAACAAAUUCUUCCAAAAACUGGUGAUGACUGUAGUAUCACCGACAUCAUCCACAACUCUUGUUUCUUCAACUCCAACUACUGUGUCUGCUGAGAGUCGCGGUGACUCUCCGGUCAUCAUUACUGUGAUCGUCUGUGUAGCUGUGCUGCUGCUGCUGCUGCUCAUUUUCAUCCUAAUCUACAAACGAUAUUCACAUUCAAAGAACACAAGAAAAGGAGCAGCAGCACAGAACAUCAGAGAGGAUUAUGUCUACGAGGAGAUACAGCAGCCGGUCCAGGCUCCAGACUCAGGAACUGAGAUGAACACGAUUUAUGCCAAUGCCAACUUUCCCACAAACCCCUCUGCCUCGCUGCAUUACUCUACCAUCAACUUCCAAAGCAGCUGUGACAGAGCAGAUGGCGAGGCAGUGAUCCUCAAACCCAGCUCUGCUGCCUGUGAAUAUUCAACUGUGAAGCGAAGUGAAACAUACUCUACUGUCAACCAGCCGUCCAGCUCUUCAGAAGAUCCUCUCUACACAACAGUCAACAAGCCACAGCAGCACUGAGCAAAGAUCAGCAGUCUCAGGAAUUUAUGACAUUUAAAUAAGCGCUCCAGUGCUGAGGAUGAAUUGAAGAGUCUACCAGCCUCGGAGGAAGAAGCUGCUCUGUAGUCUGGUGGUGCAACACUUCUGGAUGUCUUUCCAGACAGCAGCAGGGUGAACAGGCUGUGGCUGAGUGGGUACCUUUAGAAUCCUUUCAGCUCUGCGCAAGCACCUCAGCUCACCAAUAUCACUGAUGGUCAGUAGAUGGGUACCAAUAAUCCUCUGUAGAGCCCUCUGGUCCUGGGCCGUGCACAUCCCAUACCAGCUGAUGAUGUUUUCAGUCUGUUGCUCCUCUGUAAAAAAGGACAAGUUAAUUGUAUAUUGGUAUUGUUUUUUGUUUCGGAUGGGUAACAACAAAUGUUUGAAGAAUUAUGUUUUUGAGCCACAAUGAGACAUUUGUAGUUUUGAGUGAAAUAUCUCAACUCUUGGAUGGAUUGCCAUGAAGUUUGGUUCAGACAUUUACCGUAUGUCCCCCUCAAGAUGAAAUGUAAUAACUUUGGUUUUCAUCUGGUGUCAUCAUCAGAUCAAAUGUUUAUUUGUUCAAUCCUUUAUGAUGAAAUAUCUGCACAACUAAUGACCCAUGGGCUUAGUAUAGUAAAAGGAAAAUCAUUAAUGAAAUGAGACGUGUUUUGUGUCAUACUGUGUUUCAUAAAGUACAAAACAACAGUCAUUAAAAUGUUGCUGAUUAUUUUCCA